AUGACUUCAUGUCAGUAUCACGACACUCGCAUUGAUAUCAAAUCAGUGUCACCACUCUCAACUCUAUGUCACGACAGUCACAUUGACUACAAAGCUCUGAGUUACAGUGCAAUAUUCAACAGUACGAGUUACGCUCAACUGCGAAAUCCGUCGAGGCCAUACGACAUACCGUCUCUGCAUAGUUUUAGUAAUAACCACAUAGAUAAUAGCCACAGCUUCGAAGAAGAGUUCGCCAACGAAUUGGAUUAUCGAGAUAAUGAGAACGAUAAAAACAAUGAAGUGCCUCUCUUAGUUGGUUUCGCGAGGGACCCAUUCAGAUAUUCUGUUCCGGAAAAGGACUACUUGAACGGAGUUCGGCACAUCAAUCCGCAAUCCUAUGGCAAGAAUGAAUAUAGAGGAAAACGGGGCGUGGUCCACUUAUACAACAUGAUGUACUGCGCUACAGGUUGCGAACCACUGGCUUACAAGGGCUACGGCUGCUACUGUGGCUUUCUGGGCUCCGGCAGGCCAACUGAUGGUAUUGACAGAUGCUGCAAGAUGCACGACGAAUGCUAUGAGAAUAUCUACUGUCCUUUUUUCACGGUGUACUUCCAGCCUUACUAUUGGAAGUGCUACCGUGGCCAGCCGCUAUGUGCCAUCGAGAACUACCACACUCAGCACCAGUUCAUCAACGGCUGCGCUGGCAGACUGUGCGAGUGCGACAGAAGAUUCGCCAUGUGCGUCAAGAAAUACUCCUGUCCUAGAAGCAGAGCUCUAUGCAAGUCCUCGCCCAUAAGACUGUUACAGAACUUACUCAUGUUCAGGUGA